AUGAUGGAUGAACUCGUGAUAGCUGAUCAUAUUCGCGAUAAAUUGCAAAACGAGAUUGAACACACUCGUUCGGCAGCUGGCUCAUUCGCAAUGGCAAGUAUUCGUUGGGUACAACGAUAUUCACACUGUUAUUCAGUUUGGUGUUCAUUUAUUUGCCUUCCUCUAUGGAUUCUUAUAGUACCAGUCGCAUUUGCACUUGAUAUCGCCAUUUAUUCAAUUAUUUUAUGUCUUUUCGUGUUUAUCUUCAUCAUUGCACUCUUUAUCGCACCUUGUCGAAUAGCGUACAAAUAUUCCUCGUGUACAGAUGCGUGGAAUCCCAUGAAUAUCUAUCGAUAUAGUCUGACUGACACCCUAGCGUGCAUUCAAAUGGUCUACAUAUUUUUUGCCCUUAUUUGGUUAUGUUAUUGUGGCACCGGUACGAUUGAAGAUGGCGCACCGAUGUGUUGUAUAUAUAUAUGUUGUAAAUCAUGUCAUCAUGCAUGUUGUCGAGCCACGCGUAUUCAAGUUAACGAACAACCGUGUACAAUCCUUUAA